UGCCAGAUGACUCGAUGCCCGCUGUUCCGCCAGAUGACUCGGUGCCCGCUGUCUUGCCAGACGACUCGAUGCCCGCUGUUCCGCCAGUUGACUCGGUGCCCGCAGUCUUGCCAGACGACUCGGUGCCUGCAGUCUUGCCAGACGACUCGGUGCCCGCAGUCUUGCCAGAUGACUCGGUGCCCGCAGUCUUGCCAGACGACUCGGUGCCCGCAGUCUUGCCAGACGACUCGGUGCCCGCAGUCUUGCCAG